AUGGAAAAUAAUCAUAAGUAUGCUAGUAGAGAAUACUGGGAUGAGCGAUUCACAGAGGAGGGAAGUUUCGAGUGGCUUGUUGAGUUUGAUGCUUUCAAGCAUUUGGUACUGCCGAAACUAAAAUGGUCAUCAAGAAUACUUCAUGUUGGUUGUGGUACAAGUCAGAUGUCUAUGCAAUUGUAUAGAAUGGGCUACAAGAAUAUUACGAAUGUGGAUUUUUCAAAGGUCGUUGUAGACAAUGGACGUACUCUUCAUCCGGAAAUGAAAUGGAUAUGUGAGGAUAUUCGAUCGUUAGCCAGUAUCCCUUCAGAUGCUUUUGACGUAGUGCUAGAAAAGGCUACAAUAGAAUCGAUGCUUGUUGGGGAAAAGAGUGCCUGGAAUCCAUCCGAUAAUGCCUUGCGUAUUGUUGAUGACGUGCUCAAAUCCGUUGCCAGAGUUCUAACAAGCGAUGGUAUGAACUGCUGUAAUUCAGAUGAAGGCAACGUUGUAGAAAAGGAUUUUGCAGGGAUCUUCGUUUCCGUGUCGUUCACGCAGCCCCAUUUUCGUGUACCAGCUUUUUUACGCUUUCCAGGAUGGUCCAUAUCAGUGAAUAAAAUCGGAGAGUUUUUCCAUUAUUUCGUUUAUAUUAUGCAAUGUGGUAGAGAAACUUCUCAGGAUGUACGGAAGCGAUUUGCCAAUAUCGCUCCGGACUGGUGUAGGGUACUGAGGUAA